AUGGCAGCGCUACUGGGUCCCUUCACGCCCAGAUCUCUCAACUCUCAUUUCGCACCCCGGAAUAUCGGAUCGUAUGGAAUGGCACCGCCAAUAACAUACGCAACCUUGCGUGCUCGAGAUGGUGGCCACGGUGAUGGACCUGAUCCUCUGCUAGUGGAGGGAUGGACACUGUACGCUCUGGGCGUAUGCGUAAUCCUGGCGCGCCUGAUAACGCGGUACAAGAUGGUGGGCAUCGAAGGCAGCAAACCUGAUGAUUGGUUGAUGAUUCUGGUCAUGGUUGAUGAUUCUCUAGUAAUGGUGAGUGUGACGAGGCUGACUUAUUAGAUCAUCUACGGAAUCGAGUCCACCAUGUCGCAUCUGGUCAGCCUUUACGGUGGAAACUCGAACCUUUCUCCCGCCCAACGGGAGGAGAUGAGCGAGGAGGAGGUGCAGAGGAGGGUGUUUGGCUCGAAGCUCUUUAUGGUUGGGUGGUUCACCUAUAGUGGUGCGAUGUGGAUGUUGAAGCUGUGCAUGGUUUUCUUUUUUGCUAGAAUCACGUACGUGCUCUGGGUCUCGAUGCGCGUGGUUUUUUUUUUGGGUUGAAUUGAUAAGGCUGCAGGGUAGGAUUAAGAAGACAGGUUUGGAUCACGGGAGCCUACGUUAUCGUGGGUGUGUCUUACUUCAUCAUAUGUCUUGUGCUGUUCCUGACCUGUCGGUGCGCUGUCCUCGCCUUGCCCUUCGUCGUGCCUUUGGGUGGUGCUAGCUAAUACUGGUGGGUGGGUGCCAGGCCCUGGAACAAGCUGUGGCAAAUACGCCCAGACCCAGGACGUGCGUCUGCUACUCAUUCUUACCAUCUACGCACUUUCGCACAGUUGUUUGACUGAAUAGUAGCGAACUGUAGCAUAGAGUCUCCAGUAUAUUAUCUGACGGUUCUAUCGUUCAACGUCCUCACAGAUGCCUUUCUCAUAUCCCUCCCAUUGCCACUGCUGAUCCGAUCCUCUCUUCCCUGGCGCCGAAAAGCAAUCCUCGUUCUCCUAUUUAGCGCAGGCAUUUUCAUUAUAACCGCUGCAAUUCUCCGCUGCGUUUUCUCCCUCACAGACCCCCAAAACUCAAGGACCGUCUCAGCGUGGGCCUGUCGAGAAACUUUCGUCGCAGUAGUGGUCGGCAACGCGCCAAUGCUCAAGCAACUGCUCACCAAGAGGGCCUGGUCAAAGGCUCGGGCGGUAACCGCCCUAUACGGGGGCGCUGGAUCGGGAAGCGGCGGAUCACCUCGAUCGGGGCGGCCGGGAGGAUCGAACAGCGGAGACGCAACCCUGGUCAACGGGAGCUCCGAGGAGGAGGAGAAGCCCGAGUGGAAGAUCCACCAGCAUACUGAGAUGAGUGUGAAAAUGGAAGAUAGGGCGACAUUGGAGGACGAUCGCGCUCCGGACGCUAAUAGACUGGGGGCGUCGGGCGGGUGCUUUUAUGCGGCGACUUGCGAGUCUGCAGCCACCAACGGUAGCGCAAGCAGUAGCCAUACUGCCUCUGGGGAGAGGGGGAGGUGUGAACCGUAGAAUUGGCGUCGUGAAGACAGGGCAGGAGCGGGUCAAAUUGAUGGGGCAGGCUGGUUUUUUAGUCUGGAUGAUUGUUUUCUCUUUUUUUUUUGUUUCUUGUUUUUUUUUUUUUUCGGUCCUCCUAGCGAUUUUGCCUCGUCUUACUGGUUUUAUUUUUGCGUCUUUUUUUAAUUUUAUCUCUGUUUUGUCCUGUUUUGGUUUGCGGUCCAUUAAGGGGAGAAACUCCCGGGCCAAUACAAUGCCUUAAUUGACGCCGUCCCGAUAACCGGUAAUUAAUUAUCGUG